CGCGUGCGCAAUGUGUGAAUAUGGAAAGUAAAUCGUUAUCGUCGUCGGAAAUGUUCAAAGAAGAUAUUCGUCGCGCCAAGCGUAGCGAACAACAACGAGAUCGGUGACAGAGGCAGGUGAGAGUCGACCGACGAAGUAUAUAUGGCCAAGCGACUGCGACUGCAGCAACAAAGACAAUUCACGGCGUUGAAGCGUGCCAACGAAACUGCCGAAGAAAGGCAGAGGCGAUCGGGGGGCGACAGAUUGCACAUGCGUGCCAAGCGCACUGGCGAAACGGGUGAACAGCGACAAGCCCGACUAGCUACCGACUUUGCAUACCAGCAUCGCAAGGCCGAGGAACGUCUGCCUUUGGCAACGGCAGCGACGGCCACCCUCAAGUGGGACUUCAUCGACAAUCCCCUUGGCUUUGCGGGUUCUGUGUGUGACAGACUGUGGCACAAGAAGGACUUGGACUGCGUCACGGCCACCAUGUACGAGACCUUGGCUUUGGCCUUUCCCGAAGUUGAAGUAUUCUCUUCGUUUAAGAGCUGCAGCAGCACGCAUAUGGCUCUCAGCGGACGUCUUGCCCUGGUGACGGGGGGUGCCAGUGGCAUCGGUGAAGCAGUUUGCCGAACCUUAGCCGCUGAAGGUGCCACCGUGGUCGUCGCCGACAAGCAACUUGAAGCAGCAACGAAAGUGACCAAGUCUUUGUCAGGAGACGCCAAACACCAGACGCACUACGUGGACGUCGGUGACUCCUCCUCCGUGGAGCAGCUGUUCAGCGGCAUGAGAAACAUGUCUGCUCUACCACUCGGAAUCGUUGUCAACUGUGCUGGCAUUUUUGUUCAAGCGCCGCUUGUAGACUGCAGCGACGAAACGUUCGACGAAAUGAUAAGAGUCAAUCUGCGGGGCACUUUCCUGGUGACCCGCGCUGCCGCCCGCGAUAUGAUGCGCUCGGGAAAUCUCCUGCCUGACGGCGGAGCAGCCAUCGUGAAUAUCGCCAGUAUCGUAGCCAAGAGCGGCUGGUCGCUCGGCUCGGCGUACUGCGCCGCCAAGGCCGGUGUGGUGGCCCUCACCAAGACGGCUGCGCAGGAACUGGCGGCUCACGGCAUUCGCUGCAACGCUGUGCUGCCCGGCAUGGUAGAAACGCCCAUGACGGCGCCCCUGCCUGAGGAGGCUAAAGAGCACGUUAAGUCAAUAACUCCGCUUAGGAGACCCGCGCAGCCCAGCGAGAUUGCCGAGGCCGUCAGGUUCCUUUGUUUGCCCACUGCUAGCUCCUUCGUCACGGGAGCUGCGAUGGAAGUCACCGGCGGAAUGAUGAUGUGAUGUAUACCAGCAGGUCGCGGAAUGUCUCGUAGGAAAACUUCGGUCUCGGAUGUUGGGCUCAAGGUCUAGGCGUAAGGAAGAUCUGUUUCUCCGCCUUUUUUUAAUGGGCGAUUGUUGUCUUGAUAUGUGACUAAGCUGCUGAAAUAAAUAUUUGUGUCAAUCGGUACGUUCGUGCCACCCGAACCGCGAACAGAAUGUUUGUUUGCCAAUAAAAUAUUUACAGGUCAUCGAAUUCUUCAA